CGCUGAAGCUCCUAGCGGCCGCCGAUAACUCCAGCCGACUUGCCCCAGCCGUGGCGGCGGGGGAGCCUCCCGCGGAGGCCCAGCAGCAGCAGCAGCAGCAGCAGCAACAGUAUUUGCUGCAGCAGCUGCUGCAGCACCAGCAGCGAGUAGGACCGUCCGUUGAAAAUCCGUCGGCUGCGGAGCUUGCCGCUGCAGUAGCAGCCCUGCUGCAGGAGCAGCAGCAGCAGCAACAGCAGCAGCAGCAGCAGCAGCAGCAGCAGCAGCAUCAGCAGCAGCAGCAGCAGCAGCAGCAGCAGCGUCACCAGCCACAUUUGCAGUUGCUGCACCACCAGGAUGAGAAGGCAGCAGGUGUGGGCAAAGGCCUGCAGCGGCAGGUGCAGCAGCAGCUGCAACAGAAGCUUCAGCAGCAACUACAGCAGCAGCUGCAGCAGCAGCUGCAGCAGCAACUGCUGCAGCAGCUGGAAAUGCCGCCCCCGGGAUUUGGGGCGGCAGCUCAAGGUGUAGAUACAGCUGCGCUCACCGAAGGCGCGUCAGCAGCAGCAGCAGCAGCAGCUGCAGCAGCAGCAGAAGCUGCAGCGGAAGCAGCAGCAGCAGCAGCUAGCGACGGCCAUCUUGAGAGUGAAAAUGACGCUCUGCUGCAGGAGUGCAGCGAAACGGAGAAGCAGCAGCUGCUGCUGCAGCAGGAUGGGACGUUGCUUCAGCAGCAGCUGCUGCAGCAGCACCCGACGUUACUGGAGCAGCAGAUGCUGCAGCAGCAGCUGCUGCUGAAACUGCAACAACAGCAGCUGCAGCCAGACGAUAGCAACAGCAGCAAGACGAGCAGCAAAAGCAGCAGCAACGGCAGCAGCAUAGACAGCAGCAGCAACGGCAGCAGCCUCAACGGCGACAGCAGCAACAGCAGCAACAGCAGCAACAGCAGCAACAGCAGCAGCGUCAGCAGGAGCUGGUGCUCGCAGCAGGCAUGCAGCACCGACACUACGGAGACACCUUGGCUGCAGUCAGCAGCAGCAGCAGAAGCAGCAGCAGAGCAGCAGCUGCUCUCGGGGGCGGAUUCUCCCCGUGAUUCAGCUGCUGCUGCUGCUGCUGCUGAGCUGCUGCAGCCAGCCUCGCUGGAAGCUGUGGCUGGGGGCCAUGCUGCUGCUGUUGCUGCUGCUGCUUCCAGCGCCAGCACCAGCACCACGGCGAGCAGCAGCAGCAGCCACCACCACCACCACCACCAUCACCACCAGCAGCAGCAGCAGCACAGGCAGCAGCAGCAGCAGCAGCAAAUCAAGAGUCUCUAUCGCUCCCUAGGACUCGUCAACUCCAAAGCGAAGCAUACAGACGUUGGCCGCUCUCUGGCGGUGCAGCGCUUGCGGCAGCAGCAGCAGCAGCAGCAGGCGUUGGAGAAAUCGCUGCAGCCGCUGCUGCAGCAGCAGCAGCAACAGAUGCAGCAGCUGCUGCACCGCACAGAUUUCCCGCAUGGAACUCUGGAGGAGCGCUGCUUCUCUUUGCUGCAGGAUCUGCAGCAGCAGCAGCAACAGCAACAGCAGCAGCAGCAGCAGCUGCUACACCCCAACCUAAGCAAUCUGUUCGUGCCGCCGCAGCCGCAGCAGCAGCAGCAUCUUGGGGUUUCAUCAUUAAGCAGUUGCCCUGUGGGCAGCAGGUUCAAGGGACACUGGCAGCAGCAGCAGCAGCAGCAGCAGCAACAGCAGCAGCAGCUGCUGCAGCAGCAACAGCAUGACCCGCGGCAGCGAUUUAAUGGCAUCCGGCAGCAAUCAUUUGGCGCCCCCCUAAAUUAUCUGGGCCUCAACGGUGCAGCAGCAGCAGCAGCAGCAGCAGGCAUGGGUCCCGCCUGGAUCCAGCAGCAGCAGCAGCAGCAGCAGCAGCAGUACCCCUCUUACCCAGAAGACUGCGCGACGCUUCCGCGCCUGAAUUGCGGCCGCCGCAGCAGCCCUGAUGGAGCUUCCCUGUAUGGCUGCUUGCAGCUGCAGCAGCAGCAGCAGCAGCUGCAGCAGCUGCAGCUGCAGCAGCAGCUGCAGCAGCAGCUGCUGCUGCCAGGAGCCCUCGGUGGCUGCAGCAGCGCGAGAGGGCCUUCGGGGCCCCCGCAGCUGCCUAACCAGUGCAACCCUUACCUAUGCGCGCCCGCAGCAAGCAGCAGCAGCAGCAGCAGCAGCGGCAGCGGCAGCAGCAGCAGCAGCAGCAGCAGCAGCCUUGCGUGGAACUCUAAUGCGGGUAGGAGCGCCUCUAAUUUAGCUUUUAUUCCUUUCGCCGCACCAUACUUGCCAGGGGGUGAGGCUGGAGAUGCUGCUGCUGCUGCUGCUGCUGCUGCUGCUGCUGCUGCUGGGGGUGCUCCGCAGGCAGCGCCGCCGCCGCCGCCGCAGCAGCCCCCGGCGCCUCCGGCGCCUUCGCAGCAGCAGCUACUGCUGCUGCAGCAAAUGCAGCAGCAGCACGAGGAGCAGCGGCUGCUGCAGCGCGACUUUCUCUCUUCAAGCCUCAUGGGCAUAUCAGCAGCAGCAGCAGCAGCAAGGUGGUCCCCUGCCCCCGCUGGAAGCAGCAGGGCCUUUCUUGCUCCCGCUGAGGCAGCAGCAGCAGCAGCAACCACUGCAGCAGCAGCAACAGCUACUGCUGCGGCGGCCACUGCUGCAGCAGCUGCAGCUGCAGCAGCUACCGCGUCGCCUAACGGGGACCGCACUGAAGAAGCAGCGAGCAGCAGCUGCAGCAGCAGCUGCAACGGCACCAACUGCAGCAGCAGCUGCGACCGCUUCCACAGCAGCAGCUGCGACAGCUUCAACAGCAGCAACACCAGCUGCAGCAGCAGCAGCAGCGGCGAAGCUGCUUUUAGUGAUUCUGGGGACCCCCCCGCAGCUGAGGGGCCCCACACUUGCAGUACUAAAGAGAAGAGCAACGCGUUGGAGGUUCGCUUAGCUGCUGCUGCUGCUGCAGCAAGAGCAGCAGCUGCUGCUUCAGAUAGUGCAGUGGGCGAGGCGGGCUGA